UCUGCACUUGCAUCUUUCUUCUCUUCAUCAGAUCCGGCCCCUUCUUGAAAACGACAAGAUAGCGAACCUGAAGCUCGUUUCACCACUCCAUCGGUCGCUUCCUGCACCUCUUGUGCCUUGUUGCAUCUUACACGCCGUCUCCGGACCGCCGACGCACUGCAUCGAAGACGACCACGCAUGGUAUCAGGCCCACCGUGAUGGCUGCUCCGGGCCUGAAGGUCAUGAAGAGACCCGGCCCCACGGCAGCCACGAGCGUGCCCGAGUUCGACCGGUCCGAUUCCACUGGUUCCGGAACAACGGUACCAAGCUCCCUGGCCAACCCCGAGAGCGACCACAAGACCUUCUCGCUCAGCUCCAUUAAAAGGCGGCCAUGGCGCUCAUUCAGCAACACGGAGCGGGAUCUGGCCCCCGAACGAGCCAGCAGCUUUCCCAACCAUAGCCGAAGGCUAUCAAAACAGAGACCGCCGUCCUCUUCGUCUCUCCUCGGCCCUCACAGUCGCCGUGGCUCGACCAUCUCCGCCGACGGUAGUCGAUUCUCUCUCUCCACCACCGACAGUCUAAGCUUAGUCCACGCGACCUCGACUUCGACUGUCAACUGGGAAACGCAGCAUAUCGAGGGUUUCGGCCCGCUCGAGUCAGACACACAUUUGCUGAAGACCAAGACGCCGUAUCUGGUGGUCACAAGAGAGUACCUUGUCAAGGCGAAGAACCGCGCUGAUGCUCUCGCGCUCUUUCCGGGAUUGGCGACGGAAGGUGGAGGAAAGCAUGGCACCAGGAGCUCGGCCCCCGAGCCGCUGCUCGUCGUACCAGUGGCCUCAAUCGUGUCUGUCUUCAUAGAAGAAAACGUACGCACAUCAUUCGGGUUCGAAGUGUGGUGGAGGAACCCACUCGCCAGCCACUUGUUCUGCCGCGCGGAUUUCUUCUUCCACAGUCCCGCCGAACGCAACGAGCUGAUGGCCCACAUCAUCCGAGCCAUGCGGGCUGAUCACCAGGACGAGAACGACUCUGCGCUCCAUUCACGGAACGUCAAGGCACUAUUAGACAGGGUGCAUGAGUUUGAGGAGCCCAAGUCCCAGCACCGCAAGCCCGACAUCUUUCCGGUUGUUCCACGGGGCCAGACCCGGAGGGAAUACAUGCCCAAACUCGAGGAUGCUACGAAAAAGUCUCAGGAAGGCCCUGCGUUCUACCUCGUUAUUGGGACCUAUUUCUGCCAUCUGGUUGAGAUUCAGAAGCCGAAGACCGGAGACCCCAUCUGCCGACAUAAGACGUACGGCCUGGUCACUUUGGAGUGCUUUGAAGGGAAUUGGGAACUCCAUGAAGAGCGCUUCAACAUCACAUUCCGUGACCCUUUCAAAGCCCCUGUUACGCUCGAGCUAUCAAGCCGUUACUAUCGACAGAUCACUCGCGCGUUUGGGACCGCAGAUCGCUUCCUCAAGCCUGCCUGGCCGCAGCUGUGGCAAAGCAGGGAGGUCUUUCUCGUCUCGGGACUGAAAGAGCCACAGUAUCUUGUGCCCAAGGAAGACUUUGGGUGCUUCAAGCGGACGCUCGAUGCGUAUCUGGCGGCAUAUCGAUGCGAGUCUGUCGGGUGGGAGAUCAACUGGAAGACGCGCUUUGCUCCCGAGUUUCGGCUGCUUCCUGCAAGGCGUGGCUCGUAUUCGCCCCUGCAGGUGCUGGCGGUCUUGCGUGCGCUGCGAUACAACGACUACUUCAACUCACUGUCAUUCAGGGAUGUCGACUUGUCAGUGCUUUACGGGCUCGAGGACAACACGCUUAGGAGAGUGAACAUCGCUUACCUGAGCCGUACCUGUGUUGCUCUUGGCCCUGAAGAGAUCGAGGUGCUGAGAACUAGUCCCGUACUGCAUCAGGAAUUCCACGCCUUGGCUUUCUGCUCCGAGACGCUCCGUCAGAUCGACCUUAGGAACUGCAGCAGAUCUCUUCCCUCCCGCUUGGCGCAACAUGAAAACAAGGACCACAGCCUCCAGUUCCUUGCGCCGAUUCUGAACCUACUCAAAUCGGGAAUUACGAAAUGCAACCGCCUCAUCAUCAGCGGGAACAUCCUGCCUCCGUCCGACGUUGACGGCCUUGCGGAGACGAUCAAGAUAGGAGCCAUCCAAGCCCUCGAUGUGUCGUAUUGCGGCCUCGACGAUGCAGGUCUCCGGGACAUGAUCCUGUCGCCUCUCUCUGAGCCCACAGGACUGCUCCAAUCGCUCUCCGUAUCCGGAAAUCCUGGCCGCCUUCCCGCCCACGUCUUACCCGGACUGCUCCUGUACCUUACCGAGAUUAGGGAACUGAACCUGAGUGGUACCAUCCAGGCUGAGAGCUCCAUGGAUGGGUCGCUGCUCCCAUUUACGGCGCUUGAAUGCAUGAAGCGGCUGGAGGAGCUCAACAUCUCCGGGUAUAAGCUCGACGAUGCGACAUUCCAGGACCUGGAGCAGUUCCUCCACUAUCGAAAUUCUAGGGAAGACACGGGACAACCCUUGAGAUUUCACAAGCUAGUUCUCAACCACUGCGGGAUCACAGGCUCACAGGCAGCAAGACUUUUUCGUGCCGUCGGUGAGAACUGCGGGGUGCAUCUCAGCCUUAGCGGCAACCCUAUCGAGGACGGGAUUGAAGACCUUGUGGCAGCCAUUCGGGAGCAGAAAGGCCCCGCCGGCCUUGAGAUCGAGAUGAUAGAAUUUAGAGACGAAAGCAACUACCUAUCUCUGAUCAGAGCACUGACAGAGACAAAACACCUCUCUCUCCUGAGCCUUGCAGGCACUGCCCCAUCGCCCUCAUCGCACGGGCGAUGCAGCGAAGAGCUGGUCACUACGCUCCACGACUUCUUUGCACGCAACACGUCCAUUAGGAGUUUGGACCUGUCCGGAUUUAGCGGCAAGCUCGACGAUGGACAGCUAGCCAAGGGCUUCGGCCGCUCGCUCAGCGGGAUGGCUCUGAACAAAACAAUGACGCACCUCCGGAUCCGAAACCAGAACCUGCACGACGAUGCGGGCAUUCUCGGCCGCGUUCUCGCGGAGAACAACACGCUCCUCGCGGUCGACUGCCGCGACAACAACCUCAACCUGACCUCGCUGCGCUUCCUGGUCGACUCAGUCCAGUCCAACAGCUCCCUCAUCCACUUCCCCUUCCCCGAUGCCGAGCGUCGCGCCAUCUGGCGAAACGUCCUCCGCGGCUUGCAGCGCACGCCCUCGUCGGUAGCCCUCUCGGCACAGGGGACCGUCUCCGCUGGGAACCCCAACCCGGUCGCGAUCCGGGACUUGCUGAAGGAAGAGGAGUCGCUGCUGCGGGAGGUGCUCGACAAGCAGUUUGCCGCUCUCGAGGCGCGUCUGCAAGCGAACCGUGCCGCGUCGGAGGCGAAAUUGUCAUCCUCCGCUUCACCGCGGCAGGAGGAGGCGCCGUUGUCGCCCCAUCGCCACACCCACCGGCGCACCAACAGCUCGGGGAUGUGCCUGCUCUCGGACGAGGACGGUUGGAACGCUCUGGACUUGGCCCCGCCCCCCACCGGCCCGGCUAGGCCGCCAUCGAGCGGAAACUCUGGCGCCCGCGCGAAUACCACUACCACGGCGGGUUCCCUCCAUCUCCCGACGAUCUCCAUCGAGUCCAUAUCCCUGGAGGAGUUCGAGGCCGCGCUUGACCACGCCCUACCAUCCCCGACACAGCACGACAGGGACGCCGGCUACAACGGUGAUGCUGUUCUCCGAGGGGUGGAGAGCCCGACCGAGACGCUGGACCCAGUGUCGGAGGUCGAGACGCCAGCGGAGGACCCGGGCCAAGAUCGACCGCAGAUCCGGGUUGUGGACGAGUCGACGGGGCCGGCCCAUGAGGCGAGGCUCGAAGGGGAUGAUGAUCUGUUCCGGAAGAUGAUGGAUGACUUCCGUGCGGCCGGGUUUGACGUUUAGCGUGUCCGUGUUUUGAAACAUUCUGGGCUGCGCCGACUUUGGCCCAUGCGAUUUCGCAUGUCUCUGUAAAUACUGUAUAAUAGUGGUAAGGUAUGGAUGGGCUGGGGAAAGCGGACGGUGUUUUGCGCUUGUAGGAUACAUGCAUAUCUAGAUACCCAAAGAUCAAAAACUGGAAAGUAGUAAUCAGUAAUUUUACAUCAUUGCCUUUUGUGAACGGUCAGUUGGUUGGGACAUCAUGACAUCUGUCUGGGAAAGCUCAUUAUAGACCACCCUUCUCACGCCCUGCCUGACUGGCUAUUGGAC